ACACAUCGCGUAUCGGCAGACGAUUCAGGGAUGUUUUGUGAUCUUUAUAUUUUAUUAUAGAGAGACGUUUAUUGUAGUGUAAUUUAUCUGUUAUAGUAGCAAUUAUGUCAGAUUGUCUGUGAAAUGACGAGGAUUAUAAAAGCUGGAUAUUUAACACGAGUGGCCUUUGAUAUAGGAUUAUAAUGACAGUGUAAGGACGCCAUUUAAGGACAGUGGAAUACUUAUACAAGAUUUGUUCGGAGAGGAAGCACCAUGGUUAGAAUGGACAGAUUGGGAGUGUUGGUGCUACUGACCCUGGGAUUUGUAACGGCUAACGGUCCACCACGACUCACUGACAAGGCUCAUUUUCGCUAUGUUUUAAAAGUGAAACAGACUAAGAAGAUAAAGUGUCCGGUAGAGGGGGAGCCUGCUCCCAUGAUUCAAUGGUUGAAGGAUGGACAGGAUAUAAAUGUAUUGUGGGAUAGAUAUCAUGUCCUACGGGACGGCUCCUUAAGGAUUCGGGAUAUAAUUUUAGAAGAUGGUGGUAGCUUCGUGUGUAAAGCAGUGAAUGGUUUUGGCAGCAUCCAUGUAAACUACACUGUUGUUGUCGUUAAUGAGGAAACUGGUAUGGUAAAACAAGACAAUAAUCUUUAUCCACAAACACCAGAAGAAGACCUCUCAAAGGAAUGGUCAAAGCCAAAGUUUAUACAGCCAGAGAAAAUGAAAAAGCGAGAUUACCAGAGGCCAGUUGGCAGUUCUGUCAGAUUUGUCUGUAAGGCUGUUGGUAACCCUCGACCUCAAGUGUCAUGGCUGAAGGACGGAAAUAGCAUUUCCACCGAUGAUGACAACUCCAAACGGCCAUCUUGGACACUGAAGAUCACGGAACUGAAGGAGAGUGAUAGUGGGAGAUACUCUUGUGUUGUUAAUAACAGACAGGGAGCCAUUUCCUACAACUACUCCCUCGAAGUCAUUGAGAAGUUUAAUGAGAAGCCAGUACUUCUGAAGCCCCACCCCCUCAACACUACGGUUGAGUAUGGUGAAACAGCUUCACUUCAGUGUAAAGUAGAGAGUGUCGUACAACCACAUAUACAGUGGUUGAAGCGAGUAGACGAUCCAUCAGAGGUGAAGAACAUGAACACAACAUUACGCUUGGGUGGUCAGCAGUUUAUCGUAUUAAAAACAGGAGAAGUUUGGCCAGGCCCUGAUAAUACCUACCUUAACAAGCUAGUAAUACAGAAGGCUCGAGACCGUGACUCUGGAGUCUAUAUCUGUCUGGGGGCCAACGCCAUGGGUUACAAUGUCAGAAGCGCAUAUCUCACUGUCGUCAACACCAAUCCCCACAGGUCAUCAUUGGAUUCAGACAGUGGAAGCAGUAGUCUCCCUUUGAUGAUUGCAGUUCCUACAUGUAUCAUCAUCAUCAUAGUCGUCAUGGCAAUCAUUCUUUUACAAAAACGGAAAAGCUGCAAUAAUUCUUCAAACUCUAAUACAAGAAACACAAGGUUUAAUCCUGUGCCAACACAUGAGACAGAACCCUAUCCUCCACUUCAGAACAAUCCUGCCACGAACUUACACAUCAACCCAAUGCAAAAUGUUAAUAUCAGAGACAUGUAUACAGGUGUACACAACCCACAUUUAAUACAAAGCAGUCGAGAAAAGUUAUCAAAAAACCAUAGUAUUGACUUUUAUACCGACAUAUCAUCGGUUUCCCAGAGUAGAAAUAAUCCCCACUCUUCACAACAUAUGUAUUCUUACUGAAACCACGUGACUUUAUUAAAAAAGUUGCAAUAGUAACUUGUGUUUGGUUACCACGGGAACGGUAACUAUAAAUCCUAAGGAUACACUUCCAUGUACCAGUCAUUGUACUUAGGCAAUCAACAAGUGCGUAAUACAAAUUAUCAGAUUGAAAAAACCUGUGAUCACUUAUGCCUUCUUCAUAUCCAUAUCAUUACCUUUGGUACAAAUUGGAAGAGACCUGCUCUAUUGUGGCCGUUAGAUGAGGAAAAGUUUUAUCUCCGAAAAACUUUCAAUUAAGCAAAGCUUUGGAAUAAAACAAAACUUGCCUAAUUUCCAAAGUUGUGCAAGGUGUUUGUGAUACUGUCACAAUUAGCUCUCAACAAGGUUGUGACAAAGAAAAACAACAGGAGUAACCUAAUGGCUUUAGAUAUACUUUAUAUAGAUUAUUGAAACUGACAAUAAAAAAGUAAAGGAAUAUAAUGUCAUUUAAAGUUCAUUAUUGAAACAGACAAAAAGCUGGAGAAAGUAACCAAGCACCUGAUGUCGGUUGUGAUAAAUGAUGAACCCAGUGGGCC